AUGUUUCGCUCCAUCGCUUCUUCCCUACACCAUCUAUAUUUCUACACACCCGCGCAUGCCUCUCUUCUCAGACGCAGCGCUUGUUUGUCAUACUGUGAUGCAAGAGCUGGCGACAGGGAAGAAAGUCCAAAUAUCUCGAAUAAAAAGAUGCUACUUUUACUUGAACAUAAUUCUUUCUUUUUUCUUUCUUUCUUUCUUUCUUUCUUUCUUUCUUUCUUUCUUUCCACCUUUUCAUUCUCUUCUCUCCCUCCCUCUUUCUCACUCAUCUCUCUCCCACUCUCUCCUUCCCCUCUCACUUAUCCCCUCUCUCUUUCUGUGUUUAUUUUCUCGAUCCUUGAUCCAUUUUACUCUCUCUGUUAUAUAGCUUAUCUACUCUCAUUAUUUUUAUUCUUCUUCCUAUUUUUUUUCUAUCUUCUCUUUCUACCUCGUCUUCCGCUACUCCUCUCUCGGAAUAAUUUUCUCCCCCCUCUCCCGCCUUCCUCCUACUUUUUUUGUCCAAUUUGUCUCUCUAAUUUACGCUUAGCUUAUCUCUACCACCGUCUUCUAUCACCACCUCCCCUUUCUGCUUUCUGUUUCCUUUUAACGCUCCAACGUAUACCUUUCGACUUCGCCUCUCUUUCUGUUUCUCUUUCCCUCUAUCUCUCUACUUGUUAUUCGAUCCUUUUUCCACGCUUAGUUUAUCUUUUUUAA